AUGCACCUCGAUAAAGUCAUUGCCCAGCGCCGCUUCGUGUCUUCUUUUGUUAAGCAAUACGCAGCUUUACACGCACCACAAGAGACACAACCGCAAGAAAUUAUCCCAGACACUAUUGAUGAUGUACCCGCUGAUGAAGAUGCACGUGAAAAAUCUCAAGGGCAGAAAAAAUGUCUGACCCAGAUUCAAGCUGAGGACUUCUGA